ACUCGAACUGCGUCCUCCCCGUUAGCGGACUUCUCACUCUACACUCUCAGAGAUUAAUGUUGUAAGAUAUGGUGCUUUUCAAUGGCCUGCCUGGUACGGAGUGCUCUUUUUGUCUUCUGCAUAACAGCUGAAGGUAUUUCAGUAGUAGACAGAGCUCGCAAAUCAGCCCCUGCAACUACGUCUGCGAUCUUUGCACUCGCUUUGUGUUGCAUCCCUUCACAGAGAGUCUCAUACGGCAGUGAAAGUACGCCAGGAGCUCCUUCGUGAAGCAGACGUGGCCCUCUGUUGCGCUCCCUGUCGUUGAGCCUUGUCGGCCGCGUUCUUCCGAGAACGCUCGCACAUAUGAAAGACAAGCUGCCCUGAUGCCCGUGCUUUCAUCCGCACCAUCCUGCAGCCUUGUACAUAUCUGCUUGUCGCGUCACUCGAGGGGCCGCUCUAGGGCUGCUCUGUCUCUUUCCAGUGGUUCGCCCUUUGGCCUGACUCACGCAUGAGUCCUCGCUUAGUCAGAGCCUGAUUAUUGUGGCAUAAUUACUUGCAAUCCUAUAUAAAUGGGAGGCAGAACCUCCUGCUCCUGCAUCUCCUACCUUCUGCCUCACGAUGUCCGGAAUUUCGUACCUCUAUCCCGGCCAACGUUUCGCUCACAAUUCUUCUAUAUACCACGCCUCUCGGCUGGGCUCACCAUCCAGCCAACCAAUGUACGCCCCCUUUAUUCCUCCUCCCUCCUAUGUGCCACAACCAGCAGCGCAACCAGUGGACGGUCCGCGCCGCCCAUCGCAGCUUGGUAGCAGCCGCUUAGGCGCACACAGCAAUCGUGUGCGACGCACGCACUGGGAUCAUGAUACUCCACCCGAAAAUCAAAGUAGCUUGCACAAUAUUAGCAAUCCGGUAGGCUUAUGCCCUUUGUUAAUGUCCAAACUCGUGCUCAUCGCCUUGUUACAGAGUGCAGCUAGGAGUACGGAUAAAUACAUGAGCAGGUGGUUGCACCUCGCUGUAUACGCCGCAAAAGGCCGGUCACCCGCUAUGAACUCUUUCGUAUGGGCACUAUUUGCGUGCACAGAUCUUGAGCUCGGUAACAAUCCCAACGUGACGCUGUACUCCAUUACUCCAGGUGCUAGUCCAGGAAUAUGGAAGAGAUGUCACUGGAGCCAGAAUCUGCUCGGGGGCAACGGGCUGAGGCUCGUACUUUGACUCUCCGAUAGCGGAACAACACGCUAUACUAGGU